AUUGCGCUCGAUUCUAUCUCUCUCUCUCUCUCUAAUCACCCUUGAACGAUCACACACCACACCGACCCACUGACGACGAAGAAGGAACCGCACAUAUAGUUAUAUUUUGGUACCGAAAAAAAGAUGGCGACGAUGAGGGGUCAGCUCGACGUACGUUCUUCGAGCUGUCUCAGAAAAUAUCGAAUAUUCUUUAUAAUAGUGAUUACGAUAUUAUCCGUGCAAGUGUAUCUGGCUUACGUGUUUUUGACGUUGGAAAACGUAAGUAGUCGUGCUGGUCGAUCGUCAUCCGGCGAGGGCGGUUCGUCGCAGCCGGAAGAAGGGGAAGGCUUGCCAAAAGCUUCGAGACAAUUGAAAUUGCCGCCGGACAAAAAAUCCAAUGAUAAAACGCUGCCGAAUCAUGGAAAUCGCACAGCUAGAUUAAAACUUGAUAAAAAAUCUCUCAAUUUUACUCCCAUUUGUGACGUCACAGGGAGAGAAGCUGUCAGUGCUGUCACAAGAGCUCGAACUCAAGUGUGCAAGCAACGAAUCGUCAAUGUCACCUGUUUGGGACAAAGCAGUUUGCUUUUUUCAUCGAGAUUAUAUUCUUCCUGUCCGCAUUCUCCGGGCUUUGACGAAGUUCCUGAAAGCCUUGGCUGCUUUAAAGAUGAUAAAACACUUAGGAUACUCUCCGGAUAUUAUGCCAUCUAUAAAGGCAAUAAUUCUCCGAAGCAAUGUGCGUUUAUGUGUCUCCAAUCUGGUUAUCCAUAUGCAGGAGUUGAAUAUUCGGUCGAAUGUUUUUGUGGAAUGGAAGAACCGCCCCGUGUGAAAAGGCUGCCAGAUUCAAGCUGCAACAUGAAAUGUCCUGGGGAGUCAAAGUUGUCUUGCGGCGGUUAUUUGACUAUCAAUGUUUUCUGGACCGGAAUUCAAAGAUUCAGAGCUCAAGAGGCGAGGAAUUCGAGUGUGAAAAUGUUCAAAGAACAACAACCAGUGAAAAUAGCAUUUUUAUUGACUGUUAAUGGGCGAGCGAGCAGGCAGGUGAAACGUUUGAUAAACGUUUUGUAUCAUCCAUCGCAUCUGUAUUACAUUCACGUUGAUGCGAGGCAAGAUUAUCUCUACCGUGAAAUGUUGGACGUGGAGAAAACGUGUCGAGCGAACAAUAUCAAAGUCGCUAAGGGCAUUGGUCGACGUCACGCUAGUAUCUGGGGAGGUGCCAGUUUACUUACGACAUUAUUGAGCUCCGCACAAGAAAUGCUCAAGCAUCCUCACCACUGGGACUUCCUGGUGAAUCUUUCAGAAUCUGAUUUUCCGAUCAAGAGAAAUGAUCAGCUCACUGAUUUUUUAACAUGGAACAGAGGUCUCAAUUUCGUCAAAUCUCAUGGUCGGGAAGUUCAGCGUUUCAUUACGAAACAGGGACUUGAUAAGAGUUUCGUCGAAUGCGAGGCUCGAAUGUGGCGUGUGGGCGAUAGAAAAUUGCCAAAAGGAAUUCAAAUUGACGGUGGGAGCGAUUGGGUCGCGCUAAGUCGAGACUUUGUCGAAUACGUGGCAAAGCCGAAUCCCGACGCUCUCGUAGCUGGACUCGUCGAAAUAUUUAAAUACACGUUGCUACCAGCCGAAUCUUUUUUUCACACGGUCCUAAGAAAUUCUCGCUUCUGCGAUACCUACGUUGACAAUAAUUUGCACGUUACGAAUUGGAAGAGGAAAUUAGGCUGCAAGUGCCAGUACAAAGCAGUGGUCGAUUGGUGCGGCUGCAGUCCAAAUGAUUUCAAGCUCGAGGAUUUCGCCCGGAUUCGCAAUACAGCCGAGAGAAAUUUGUUUUUCGCUAGGAAAUUCGAGCCGAGCAUAGAUCAGCGAAUCAUUGACAAGGUCGAAGAAUGGCUGUACCCAGAAAGAGCGAAUCACUCUAAAAGCAGCAAGGGCUACGACGCAUAUUGGCAAAAUCUUUACCACCACGGCGAUCUGAGUCCUCCGGCGGAUGACACGUUGCUCACAAUAUCGAAUUCCCUCGCGAGGCUCCUCUUUUCGAGCUUAAAAAUUGAUCCCCGAUCCGCUAAAUUGUUGGAGACCACAGCUUAUUUUCGUGAAAACAAAUUCCAAGGGAUUCUCAUAACUACUGAAUCCAGUGGCAACAAAAAUCAAGAAUCGUCCACUCUUCAAAACGAUCAUUACGAAACACUCGAAACUCUUGUCAAAUUACGAAACAACUUUUCGAUCUUCGGAGUCUGGAUACGGAGGAUAAAAACUCUUUCCAUUGGCACCGAUUACGAUCAAAAGGAACAAAUUUUCCGAAAUUUACUCGGCGGCAUUGGGCCACUCGCCGAUCCGAUACUCGCUUACGAAUUCGACGCUUCUCUCGUCACACCGAGAAAUAUAUCCGUUUUAUGGAUCGAUCCCGUCGGACGCCUUGCUGAUGUUAGUCACCUCCAAAUUGAGGAAUCGACUCUGACGGGUUCGGCGAAACCGCAGCUCAGCGAACCGCUGAUUAUUGGGACGUGGCGCGUUUUAUUAUUCGCGGACACGGUACUCGUGGCAAAAAUAAAAUUUCUCGUAACGCCGUUAUCAUAUUGGAAAAACAGGAGAAUGACAGCUCGGAAAGCAAAGGAACUGCACAAUGGUCCAACGGGAGCGUAUAACGCACCGGAAGAGUUGAACAAAAAGUGGACUUCCGUAUUGAAGAAUUUGUCUCGAGAUGAAAUUUCAGAGACGAAUAAAAAAGUGGAGGAGCAAACGGGCGUCGAAUUGGAUCGAUGGAUCGACACUCUCGUUUACGAUUAUUACGAGAUCACGGAGAUUUGCUCCGCCAGUGGAAUCUUUACGGGACGAACGUCGAAGCUGAAGAAAUGUAUUCAAACUGAUUGGAGCUCGAUGAGCCCGGAUCCAAAGGCUGAUAUACGUAACCUAUGUCAAAACUAUUAAAAUUAACUUACCAAUUACGUGCCAUUCCUCGCAAUCGGAGAAAAAAUCGAAAAUAAGAAGAAAAGCAAGAAGAUAAACUAAAAAAACCUCAUCUCGCCUUUGUACAAACCAUCCUCUUAGAUAUUUUUAUAUCGAGACAAACCUGUAUAUAUACCUCAAUGUAUUUGUAUUUAUAAAUAUACAUACCGCGUGAUUUACCAUUUA